AUGUUACCCUCCCUCCGCUCCAUAUGCGCUCUGCUCGCGCUAGUUGCCCUUGCUGAUGCCCAUGGCUAUGUGCGAACCUUGGCGAUUGACGGCAAGUCAUAUAAAGGCAACCUACCCAGAGAGCAGCAGCCAGGCAUUCCUAUCUGGCAAAUUGCUACUACAAGCCCGGUCACGUCUACCACGGACCCGGACCUCGCGUGCGGUCUUGGUGCGCAGCCUGCCGCACUAACUGUCCCUGCAGGCCCCGGAAGCAACAUCUCCAUUAACUGGGCUUCGACCGAGCCGCCCCCAUCGUAUUGGUUCCAUAACGUUGGCCCGAUCAUGAUAUACAUCGCGUCAUGCGAGGGCACUCCUUGCGCUCAGUUCGACCGCUCAGCCGCGAAGUGGGCCAAGAUCGCCCAGGCAGGACAGAAAGCCCAGUUCAGCAAGGACUGGGUUCAAGGAGACCUCACGACAGGGCAGCCGUACUCUUUCUCGCUCCCGGACAAUAUCAAGUCGGGCGAGUAUCUCCUCCGGCCUGAGAUCAUAGCUCUGCAGGGCGCGAUGUCAGGGAACGCCGAGUUCUACGUCACCUGCAUCCAGCUCAACAUCACCGGCAAUGGGAACGGCGUCCCCAAUGCCACCGUCAGUCUCCCUGGCGCAUAUAAUCCGGAUGACGCGGGUAUCAACGUCGACGUGUACAGCACCUCGGACUUGGGCUAUGUAUUUCCGGGCGGGCCUAUCGCGGCGUUCGUGAGCGACGAUGGAGCCUUCACCUUCGUCAGCAUCUAA